GGCCAUACCCCUUUGCAUCACGGAUAUAGUAUGCUGGGGCUUGAAGAUAUAGCUCAGCUCUUAUUAGCUAAAGGAGCCAAUGUCAACGCAAAAGCUGGCAAGGGCGCAACAGCUCUGCAUACUGCAGCUGGAUUAGGGAAAAGUGCGAUGGUACAACUGCUUCUCAAGAAUGGCACAGAGGUAGAGCUAAAGAGCAACAAUGGUGAAACGACUCUGCAGAAAGCAGCAAUGAAUGAGAGUGAGGAGGUCGUGAAGGUCAUCCUAAAGCACCAGGGCUUAGAUUCUGAUGCUGAGAAGUGGCUUCGACAAGUACAAUUCUACAAUGCAGUUUGUGAAGGUGAAGAAACCACUGUUCGACUACUGCUGGAGAAGGGGGUCGACAUGACGGUGAAAAAUGUCCGGGGAGAGCAUCCAAUCCACUGGGCUACGUCCUGUGGUCACAAGGAGAUUGUAUCUCUACUUCUACAGAAAGGAGCAGAUAUCGAUGAGAGGGAUAAAUUUGAAGAGACGGCGCUGCUUUUGGCUUGUAAGGAGAGAGAUAAGGAAAUAGUGCCUUUUCUGCUGGAUAACGGGGCAGAUAUAAACGUUAUACAGGGGCGAGAUGGAGAUAAAUGCACGGUACUUUCUUGGGCGACUGCUUGGGGAGAGCCGCAACUGGUGGAACUGCUGUUGAAGCGAGGAGCGAAUCCGAAAAGUGUGGAUGUUGAUUCGCUGAAGCGGCGCAAAUACGCUAUUCCAGAAGACUUUGAGAGGGCAUUGAAAAUGGUUCGUUCUCACUUGGAAGGAAUCGCCCUAUGA